UCUAAAGUCAUCGAAAGUUCCGGGUUGGCAUCUGCACUUUUCUACCUCUUCUCCGUCUAGUCUCUCGUUUGAUCGCGUGUCCGGGAGACAGUGAUCUGCUGACGUCACAGCUGGAUGGUAUAAAAUCAUGUCCAGUAAGGAGACCAAAGCAGCGCUGAAAGCUGCACGGGAGGCCAUCAGGAAGAAGGAGUACAAGGAAGCUCUUAAACACUGCAAGGAUGUCCUGAAACAAGACAAGAACAACUACCAUGCACUGGUGUUUGUGGGCGUGGCUGCUGCAGAGUUGGACCAGCCUGACCAGGCGCAGGCGGCAUACCGACGGGCUGCGGAGGCCGAACCUGACCAGCUACUGGCCUGGCAGGGUCUGUGCGGGUUCUAUGAAAAGCUGAACAGACCUGACCAGAGACAGGAGCUAUCUGAUGUCUACAGUAGACUGAUGAAGCUGUGUCAGAGUGAUAAAUCCAAGUGGCAAGAACUUGCAGCAAAGCAGGGAGAUCUGCUGGCUAAAGUUGGUGAUGUCAGAAAGGCAGCUGGCGUUUGGAGGGAGGUCAUUGUUGCCAUGGAAACGAGUGGAAACAACAAUGUCAUGGAGUUCUGGGUUAAGAUCAUCACACUCAUGUCACAACAGAAGGACCUGUCAAGAGAAGACAUGGACUUGUUGAAGGAGGCUUACUCCACUGUUAUCAAGUCUGAUACAGUCAGUGGAGAAGAUCACAAGAAACAUUAUGAAGGUUACAUAAGACUUCUUCUGGAGAACCAGCUAGAGUCAGGACCUGAGAUAGAGGUUCUGUGCAGGGACAUGUCCUCCUCACAUCCAGACAGCACCUUCCCACUACAGACCCUGUGCCUGAUAGGGUUGGAGGAUGACUCUGUUUCAGAAGCCACCCUAGCCUCCUGUACACUGCUCCAGUCUUUAGACCCCAACAACUCAGCAGCCCAACUCCUCCAGGGGUUCCACCUGCUACACAGAGAGCCAGUGAAAGCCAGGCAGCUGCUGCAGACAGGUGUUGGCAGCUGCAGGGACUGUGUGUAUGGCUGGGUGCACCUGGCAUGUGUACAGGUGAAACUACACAAUCAUGUGGGAGCAGUGGAGGCUGCCAGACAAGGCAUAAAGGUCUUGGAGAAACUACAAAAUGUGAACAACAGGGAUAAAGUUCAGAGGAACCUCACACUUCUUCUAGGAGAAGCCCUGACGGGAUCCAAACUGCCAGCUAACCUGGCAGAAGCUCUUCAUCUAUACACUCAGGAGGCUGAGAAGGACCCGUCAUGUCAAGAAGCUGUACAAGGCCUUUGCCAGACAUACAUCAACUUGGGAGAUCUGGACAAAGCAGGAGAACUGUGUGAUAGAACCAUAAAAUCUAAUGCUGCUCAACACACCAUGGUAGCACUGCAGGGGCUGGUAUUCUCUCUACAGGGCAAGUGCGAAAUGGCAGAGAGACAGCUGAAGAAGGCAGUAGAGUUGAACACUGAGGUUGCCAUGUACCACUUCAGGUUAGGACACUUGUACUGGACCAUGGGAGAGGAAACCAAGAAGGAGAAGUCCAAGUGCAUGACCAGCCUGCUGAAGGCUGCAAAGCUCGAUCCACAUCACUCGGACACGUUCUUGUACCUCGGGCACUACUACAGAGAUGUGGCUGGGGAUGUGCAGAGGGCAAAGAGGUGCUACCAGAAGGCGUUUGAUCUGGACCAGUCCAGCGAGGAAGCUGGCGCUGCAUUUGGAGAUGCGUGUAUUGCUCUGGGAGAGGAAGAAGCAGGGCUGAAACUGUACCUUUCUGUAACAAGUAGAGCAAGUGCAGGUACAGCCAAGUGGGCCUGGCUGAGGCUUGGGCUGUACCAACUGAAACACGGGGAGGGUACACAGGCAGUGAAGAGCCUACAGGCUGCACUCAGGGCCGAUCCAAAAGACCCUCACUGCUGGGAGUGUUUGGCAGAAGCGUAUCUGACUCGUGGUGGUUACACCGCUGCCCUCAAGGCCUUCACCAAGGCUGCAGAACUCAACCCGGAAGCGACGUACAGUCUGUACCAAGUAGCGGCAAUCAAACAAGUGCUGGGCCAGUUUCCCGAUGCUGUGGCAGAAUACCAGGUCAUUCUAGAGAAAGAUUCCGCUUACGUACCUGCUUUGAAAGGCUUAGGAGAAACAUAUCUAGCACAAGCCAGAGAAGCCCUAAAUGAGUACUUGAACGGCAGGGUUGUAGAUGCAUCUCAGUCUGCCAUCCUUGCUCUAGCUAAGGGCGUGAGUGUAAGAGCAGACUUGUCAUGCCUGUGGAAACUGCUUGGAGAUGCUUGUACACUGCUUCAUCCCAUCUCAGCAGAUCUGGUGACAUUGAAGGUACCCGGGUCCCUCCUGGGAGAGGAAAGGUUUGCUGAAGACCAGGUGAUGGGGAAGAGAGAUGUCCUGACUCUUGGUGGGCGAUGUUAUGGCCGGGCCCUCCGUCUAGCAGAGGACUGCUCCAGCUGGCACGACCUUGGCUUGAACUACUUCUACCAAGCACAAGAGGACAAUGACAAAGAGGCUUCUAAAGGUCUUGUAGAGAAGGCAACACAAGUGCUGAAGAAAGCCAUAACACUGGAGAGCGGAAACCACAAACACUGGUUAGCGCUGGGCAUGGUGACGGCAUCUAAAGAAGCGGACAAUCCCGAACUUGCACAGCAUGCCUUUAUCAAGUCCAUCCAAGAAGAGCCAAACAAUGUGGAAGCAUGGACCAACCUCGGUGUGCUGUACUUAAAGUAUGACCAAGUAGAACUUGCCCAUCAGGCCUUCAAGGUUGCACAGUCCCUUAACCCAUCUUACGUCGCGUCUUGGAUCGGCCAGGCGCUGGUUGCAGAAACCAUCGGGCACGAAGAAGCCAUGGACCUCUUCCGGCACACCACAGAGCUUGGCACGCACCUGGAAGGCGGGAUCGGAUACGCCAACUGGGUCUGCAACACUCUGCAAGACACGUCAAACCGCAACAGCGAUGUGUACAAGUACAACAUCGUGCAGAUGGGGGCCGUGAUGGCGGCCAGCCUGGCAUUGUCAAAAUACACGGACCGCGUCCACUCAAACCCAACAGCCUACAACAUGCUGGGGUUACUGUUGGAGCACCAGGGAUUGCUGCGGGGAGCAGAGGGGGCAUUUUUGCAGGCAGUGAAGCUUUUGAGGGUGACAGAAGACCAAGACAAGCUGAACAAGGCCCUGUGUAACCACGGAAGGGUGUUGUGUGGAAGGGGAAGGUUUGAGGAGGCAGUGACACAAUACAGGGCCAUCACACCAUUGGUGGAGUUCAGGGAUGUCUGUGGGCUGGCACACGCUCUGUACAGGGCAGGGAAACUAGAGGAGAGCUAUGGAGCCUAUGAGCAGGCAUUCCAGUUGGCCCCCUCAGACACAGACAAGUCCUGCGUGCUGGCUGCCAUGGCCAUGGUGGCACACAAGUUUGAAGAUGCAGAGAGAGCCAAGACCCUGCUGUUCCGAUGCUCCCAGCUCCAGCCCCCGAGUGUGCACGGUCUCCAGGCCCUGUGUGUGCUGGGUCUGACCAACGGGGACGUGACACUGGCCUCGGCGGCACUCACGGAGCUGCUGAAGCAAGGAGACGACCAGCGGUUUAUGUGUGACGUCAGUUUCCUCACGGCCUGUCUGUACACCGCGCAGGGGGACACCAUGGCUGCCAGGAACGCCAUCCUGAAGAACAUCCACAAGUACCCCUCAGAGACAAAGUUGUGGGAGCUUCUUGCUGUGUUCACCCUCCAGCAGCAGCCACAGCAUGCCACAGCUGCACAUGCAGCUGUGCAGGUGCCCAAGGCGCUGACUGCCCCUCCCACUCACGAGCAGGCUCUGUCUCUCAGUCUGGCAAAGCUGGCGGCAGGGGUCCACACCAGGGACAGACGGACGGACGGACUGGUCAAUGCACAGAAGGCCGUGCACUUCUACCCAGGUCAGCUGACGUCAUGGCUAGUUCUGACAGCAGUGGUGUAUGCCAACAAUGUGGUGUCAAAGGUUAAGGGUCAGGGUUCACACAGGGAGGGAGCUGACCUUGGCUGUACCAGAGUAAUCACAGCAUUGUUGGAACAGCCAGGACGGCCAGAGAACUCUCCUGUCAUGAAGCAGUGGGCAACUUUACAGUCAGUUAGCAGCCUCAUGGAGCUGGGGAGGUUUGAGGAAGCUAAGAGAGCUUGUAACAAGGAGAGUACACCCUACCCACCCCUCCACACCCUCAGUGCCAUGGCUGACAUCGCUGUGAAGGUCACAGCUGGACAACCUGUAGGUUCUGUGGAACAGCUGAGAUCAGCAGUGCUGUCAAACCAAACAGCGAUGGCCUGGCAGCUCCUGUCAUCAGUUUACCAGACCCAGGGCAUGACAGUGGCAGCAGAGAUGUGUUACAGACAGAGUCUUCAGGUCUCCACCUCACCACAGGGAAAAAUAACUGCCUUACUAAGACUGGCCUACCUGGCUCUACUCAUGGUACAGACCAAAGAUGCAGAUGUGGAGAGAUGGAAGUCCUUGGCACUGGAAGCCACUGGGGAGGCACUGAAGAUAGACCCCUGGUGCAGUACUGCUCAGCUUCUACAGGGGGCUCUGUACUUCUCUUUGAACAAUAUCAAACAAUCCAAGAAGACACUAGAACGCCUCCUGUUUAAGAAGUCAGUAGAAGAUGACCUGCUGGGGAGGUUUGAGGAAGCUAAGAGAGCUUGUGACAAGGAGAGUACACCCUACCCACCCCUCCACACCCUCAGUGCCAUGGCUGACAUUGCUGUGAAGGUCACAGCUGGACAACCUGUAGGUUCUGUGGAACAGCUGAGAUCAGCAGUGCUGUCAAACCAAACAGCGAUGGCCUGGCAGCUCCUGUCAUCAGUUUACCAGACCCAGGGCAUGACAGUGGCAGCAGAGAUGUGUUACAGACAGAGUCUUCAGGUCUCCACCUCACCACAGGGAAAAAUAACUGCCUUACUAAGACUGGCCUACCUGGCUCUACUCAUGGUACAGACCAAAGAUGCAGAUGUGGAGAGAUGGAAGUCCUUGGCACUGGAAGCCACUGGGGAGGCACUGAAGAUAGACCCCUGGUGCAGUACUGCUCAUCUUCUACAGGGGGCUCUGUACUUCUCUUUGAACAAUAUCAAACAAUCCAAGAAGACACUAGAACGCCUCCUGUUUAAGAAGUCAGUAGAAGAUGACCUGAGCAUCUCAGUAGCAAGACUGUACCUCUUAAAGAUCCUCCUGGCCAAGGAUGAUGCAUUGAAAGUAUCGGAAUUACUUAAGGCAGCUGAGGAACAACAUGAUCUUUUGUUUGAGAGACUAAAACAACUGGCAGGAACAAAUACAUAGCUAGAAUAAGGGCAUCCCUCUACAGCCAGUGAAGUCAUCACCUGUUGUACUACAGCAAUCUGCUAGCCGGCGCUUCAGUACCAAGGACAACAUCUAGAUCCAGUGCUUUCCUAAAAUCCAGCAACCGUCAAAUGCCAACCCACAACACAAUUUUAAAAGACUUACAUGCUGAUUGCCCAAAAGUCUUACCUUAAAUUUACCUUAGAUUUAAUUGUUGAAUAUACAGCAACAGAAAUUGUUCACUCUAUUAUAAAGACGGCACAUCGCUCGUUCUACCACAGAACAUGGUUGCUCUACAUGCAAUCAUGGACCUUGAUAGGCAAGUUUGUAAAGGCACUAUAAGUAUUUAAAAGUAAAUAAAACAUCUUGAGAAUGUGUGAUUCUGGAAACCUUAACUUUUAUUUGAUGUAUAGCUUAUCAUCGAAUUUACAAUUUACAGUAGAACUGCAUAGCAGAAAGUCAGUACAUUUUCAUCACACUUCAAGAGUGAAGUGUGCAUGUCCGUGUGUUUCUGAAUAAUGCAAAAAGGUGAAGACUUCUGACAGCAUUUAAAUGAAAACAGCAUCAUCCUACAGUCUGAUUCCUUUAUUUACCAAGAAAAGUUUGUGGCACAUAAGUUACAUCACCCUAUAAAUAUAACCUCCUUGCAUGUAAAAUAUGGUCAUAUCUUAAAUUCACAAGAAAGGUAUAAAUUGUUAUAAUUCAAAAAAGAAAAGUAAUCAUAAACAUGCCUUGCAAAAAUAUUUGUUAAUUUUGAAUUCUUACAUUAGGCUAUGGUGAUUUGAUUACAUUGUACAUGGAUGACAUCCUCUGGGAACCCCAAAACCGGUGCAAGCAUGCAAAUAAAAAAAGUUGCCAUUUACUAAUUUAAUUUUUACUAAAUUACUAAACACACAUAUUUUAUUGGCACAUUUUCUUCUUGUCCUUUGGAAUG